UCCGGCGCGGGAGGGGUGUCCGCACCGCCGUGUCCGCCUGACAAAGGCGCCGGCGGGGCCCCGGCGCUGGUCCUGGCACCAUGGCGAUUCCUAUGGUGCCUAUGGAGACGCAGUUGCAGAGCAUCUUCGAGGAGGUGGUGAAAACAGAAGUAAUUGAAGAAGCUUUUCCUGGUAUGUUUAUGGACACUCCUGAAGAUGAGAGAACCAAACUGAUCAGCUGCCUGGGUGCUUUUAGACAGUUUUGGAGCAGUCUUUCCCAGGAAUCCCAUGAACAGUGUGUCCAGUGGAUUGUAAGAUUCAUUCAUAGCCAGCAUAGUCCUAAAAGAAUUUCUUUUCUUUAUGACUGUUUAGCAAUGGCAGUAGAAACUGGACUUCUCCCACCCAGGAUGGUUUGUGAAUCUCUGAUAAACUCCGAUACACUUGAAUGGGAAAGGACCCAGCUGUGGGCAUUAACAUUUAAAUUGGUCCGCAAGAUUAUUGGAGGUGUAGACUACAAGGGUGUACGUGAUCUAUUGAAAGUGAUCCUAGAGAAAAUCUUAACAAUUCCAAACACUGUGAGCUCAGCUGUUGUACAGCAGCUUUUAGCAGCAAGAGAGGUGGUAGCCUACAUUUUGGAAAGAAAUGCGUGUUUGUUACCUGCCUACUUUGCAGUUACAGAAAUCAGAAAAUUAUAUCCUGAAGGAAAACUUCCCCAUUGGUUACUGGGUAAUUUAGUAUCGGAUUUUGUGGAUACCUUCAGACCUACCGCAAGAAUAAAUUCCAUUUGUGGUCGCUGUAGUCUUCUUCCUGUGGUAAAUAACUCGGGUGCCAUGUGUAACUCAUGGAAGCUGGAUCCUACAACCCUUCGUUUUCCUUUGAAAGGUCUCUUACCAUAUGAUAAGGAUCUGUUUGAGCCACAGACUGCUUUGUUGAGAUAUGUGCUGGAACAACCAUAUUCAAGGGAUAUGGUCUGCAAUAUGCUAGGUCUGAAUAAGCAGACCUUGAACAUUGCUCAGCACAAGCAGCGCUGCCCUGUGCUGGAGGACCAGCUGGUGGAUCUUGUGGUGUAUGCCAUGGAACGAUCUGAGACUGAAGAGAAGUUUGAUGAUGGUGGAACCAGUCAGCUUCUGUGGCAGCAUCUCUCCAGCCAGCUCAUUUUCUUUGUGCUCUUUCAGUUUGCAAGUUUUCCUCAUAUGGUCCUGUCACUCCAUCAAAAGUUGGCAGGCCGUGGCCUCAUUAAAGGAAGAGACCAUUUGAUGUGGGUGCUACUCCAGUUCAUCUCUGGCAGCAUCCAGAAGAAUGCAUUGGCUGACUUCCUCCCCGUUAUGAAGCUUUUUGAUCUUCUGUAUCCUGAGAAAGAAUAUAUUCCUGUACCUGAUAUUAACAAACCCCAGUCAACUCAUGCUUUUGCAAUGACCUGUAUUUGGAUACAUCUGAACCGGAAGGCCCAUAGUGACAACUCCAAGUUACAGAUUCCCAUUCCUCAUUCUCUUAAACUUCACCAUGAGUUUUUGCAACAGAGUUUAAGAAAUAAGAACUUACAGAUGAAUGACUACAAGAUUGCCUUGUUGUGCAAUGCUUAUUCAACUAAUUCAGAGUGUUUCACUUUGCCAAUGGGAGUGCUAGUAGAAACAAUUUAUGGAAAUGGCAACAUGAGGAUACCUCUUCCAGGGACUAAUUGCAUGGCAUCGGGGUCUAUUACCCCAUUGCCAAUGAACCUCUUGGACUCACUCACAGUUCAUGCCAAAAUGAGUCUGAUUCAUAGCAUAGCUACAAGGGUAAUUAAGUUGGCUCAUGCAAAAUCUAGUGUGGCCUUGGCUCCUGCUCUUGUGGAAACCUAUAGUCGCCUGCUGGUUUAUAUGGAAAUAGAAUCCUUGGGCAUCAAAGGCUUUAUCAGUCAGCUUCUGCCAACAGUGUUCAGAUCUCACGCAUGGGGAAUUCUGCACACUCUACUAGAAAUGUUUAGCUAUCGGAUGCAUCACAUCCAGCCUCAUUACAGAGUGCAGCUGCUCAGCCAUCUUCACUCCUUGGCUGCUGUGCCACAGACUAAUCAGAACCAGCUUCAUCUGUGUGUUGAGAGUACUGCACUAAGGCUAAUCACAGCUUUGGGCAGCUCAGAAGUCCAGCCACAGUUUACACGAUUCCUCAGUGAUCCCAAAACAGUUCUUUCAGCAGAAUCAGAAGAGCUCAACAGGGCUUUGAUCUUAACUCUAGCAAGGGCAACACAUGUGACAGACUUUUUCACAGGCUCCGAUUCCAUUCAGGGAACUUGGUGCAAGGACAUACUGCAGACUAUAAUGAGUUUUACUCCACACAACUGGGCAUCACAUACACUAAGCUGUUUUCCAGCUCCUCUGCAGGUGUUCUUCAAACAGAAUAAUGUACCUCAGGAAAGCCGUUUUAACUUGAAGAAGAAUGUGGAAGAAGAAUACCGAAAAUGGAAGUCUAUGACGAAGGAGAAUGACAUAAUAACACACUUUUCUGUGCAGGGUUCACCCCCACUUUUCCUUUGUCUCCUGUGGAAGAUGUUGUUAGAUACUGAUCACAUUAAUCAAAUUGGCUACAGAGUAUUGGAUAGAAUUGGGGCCAGAGCUCUGGUGGCACAUGUCCGGACAUUUGCAGAUUUUUUGGUGUAUGAAUUCUCUACCUCUGCAGGGGGCCAGCAGCUCAAUAAAUGUAUUGAGAUUCUCAAUGACAUGGUGUGGAAAUACAACAUUGUAACACUGGAUAGGUUGAUACUGUGUUUGGCUAUGCGUAGUCAUGAAGGAAAUGAAGCUCAAGUCUGUUACUUCAUAAUUCAGUUACUCUUACUGAAGCCUAAUGAUUUCAGAAACAGAGUGAGUGAUUUUGUGAAGGAGAAUUCUCCAGAGCACUGGAUGCAGAAUGACUGGCAUACUAAGCAUAUGAGUUAUCACAAGAAAUAUCCUGAAAAGCUGUAUUUUGAAGGCUUGGCAGAGCAAGUCAAUCCCCCAGUUCAGAUCCAGCCCCAGUACCUACCAAUUUAUUUUGGAAAUGUAUGCCUGCGCUUUCUGCCAGUGUUUGACAUUGUAAUCCAUAGAUUUCUGGAAUUGCUUCCAGUGUCCAAAUCACUAGAAACUUUACUGGAUCAUCUGGGAGGUUUAUACAAAUUCCAUGACCGUCCGGUGACUUACCUGUACAACACUCUUCACUAUUAUGAGAUGCAUCUCAGAGAGCGCACAAACCUCAAAAGAAAACUCGUUCAUGCCAUUAUUGGCUCUCUCAAAGAUAAUCGACCACUAGGCUGGUGUCUAAGUGAUACUUAUCUCAAAUGUGCUAUGAAUGCCCGAGAAGAAAAUCCAUGGAUUCCUGAUGACACUUAUUAUUGCAAGCUCAUUGGAAGACUAGUGGACACUAUGGCAGGCAAAUCACCGGGUCCAUUUCCAAAUUGUGACUGGAGAUUCAAUGAGUUUCCUAACCCAGCUGCCCAUGCUCUCCAUGUUACCUGUGUUGAGCUCAUGGCUCUGACUGUUCCAGGGAAAGAUGUGGGCAAUGAAUUACUGAAUGUUGUGCUGAAGAGUCAGCCCCUGGUGCCAAGAGAGAAUAUCACGGCUUGGAUGAAUGCGAUUGGAUUAAUCAUCACAGCCUUACCCGAGCCAUACUGGAUUGUUCUUCAUGAUCGCAUUGUGAGCGUUAUCAACAGUCCCAGCUUGACGUCAGAGACAGAAUGGGUUGGUUACCCAUUCCAGCUGUUUGACUUCACAGCAUGUCACCAGUCAUAUUCUGAGAUGAGUUGUAGCUACACUUUGGCUUUGGCACAUGCUGUCUGGCAUCAUUCUAGCAUUGGACAGCUUUCUCUCAUUCCUAAGUUCCUCACAGAUGUAUUGAUACCAAUAGUGAAAACAGAGUUCCAGUUACUCUACGUUUACCAUCUUGUUGGUCCUUUUCUACAACGGUUCCAGCAGGAGAGGACACGAUGCAUGAUAGAGAUUGGAGUGGCAUUUUAUGAAAUGCUCCUGAAUGCAGAUCGGUACAGCUCCCACCUGAACUACAUGGAUCCUAUAUGCGACUUCUUGUAUCAUAUGAAGUAUAUGUUUACAGGUGACAGUGUGAAAGACCAAGUUGAGAAAAUAAUUUGUAAUUUAAGACCAGCUUUGAAACUUCGGUUACGCUUCAUAACACACAUCAGCAAAAUGGAAUCAGCUGCUGUUCCACAGCAACCACUCAAUAGUGGUUCACCCGCACAGCAGCCUAGCCAAGUGCCUGUAAAUGUUUCUUUGCCAGUAACACAGUGAAAUGGAGCAUUGUUCUGACCUUGAGAUGAAGGCUUCUUUCUGUUACUGAUCAAGGUGAAACAUUAUCUGAUCUGCAAUCUGGUAUGCUGUGUACACAUGCAGACUUCUGCUUCAUUUUCUUUUGCAUAAUGAAGCUGUCUUUACUCUGUGCAUGCCAGUUGUCAUAGCUGUUGAUAUCAGAUGCUAGAUGUUGAUAUCAGAUGCUAGAUGAGGUGUAUUUUGUCUUUUUCUGAGAGCACUGAGGGAAGGUUCUCUGCAAGCAAAUGCAUGGAUUUCUGAAGAGUUUACAAUAUUCUGCUCCCUAUUCCCGUUUGAGUACUCUGGAUUUUUACUUUCUGUCUGUCUAUGAUACAAAAGAACACUCAGUGUGGCCUGGUAGAAAAUGGCUUUUUGAAUUUGGGUUCUGCCUUACUAAAAAUUUCUGUUACUGUUGCAGGAGAGUUAUAUUUCUUUUGGGCAGGCAGUUGAAGUUCUGAUACAGAAACAUUCCUAGACAGACAGAUUGCACCAGUUGCAUUGAGCUAAUUAUAACAUCUUUCCAAAGACUAAGAGUGAGCCUUUGAAAAUAUUUGUAGAUCUUGUAUGUACAGUUUACAUUCAACAGGUGAGCAAUGGAUUUGACCUAGCAUCAGUUACUAGAUUGUUAGAUUACUACCUAAAGGCUGUCUAAUGAAUCUACUAGAACUCUGCAUAUUCAGUUCAAGCUGUGCUGGUUUAUAUUUUAUCUUUCCUGGUUUGGAGAUGGUGUAAUUUUUAUUAAGUCAAUCACAUAAAUUUUAUUAUAUUUUAGAUUUUGAUAACAGAAUUGAAAGGCUCAGUACUUUGUAAAUACUCAUUAUGUUUGACGAUUUUUUUUUAAUUAAAAAAAAACACUUUAAAAAGA